AUGGCGCAGCCCCAAGGGCUUCUUGCUUCCGAAAGAAGAAGCCGCAGUCUCCCGCGUUCCAAAGGGCAAGAAACUUGGGGUGUACAUACACCUCGGAGCUUGUCUCCCGGGGGUCUGCAGCAGCAGCAGCAGCCACAGCUGCUGCUGCUGCUGCAGCCGGUGCCUCUUCUCCUCGCUGCUGCGCUGCCUGCAACUGCAGCAGCAGCAGCAGCUCCUCGCGGCGGCCGAGCGAGGGAGACGAGAGCAGCAGCAGCAGCAGCAGCAGCAGCAGCAGCAGGAGCAGCAGCAGCAGCAGCAACUGCAGCAAGCUUCGGCCGAAGCAGCCGAAGCACCUACAAGGUCAUUUCUGGAGGCCUGGAGCCCUCAGCCUGCUGCUGCUGCUGCAGCAGCAGCAGCAGGAAGACCACCACCACCACCACCCGCAGCAGCAGCAGCAGCAGCAGCAGCUGCAACAGCUGCAGCAGCAGCAGCAGCAAAGAAAACGAAAUUCACUUGGAUAAAUGCAAAGGCAAAGAAAAAGGCUGCAGCGCCAACACCUGCAGAUGGCAUUAUUUGCAAAGAGCUUCAAAGACGGGAUUUUUUUAA